ACUGAUCGGAUUAGAUACUAAGUUUGAUUCCAACUAUCGAUCAGAUUAUUAAUCUUUAUUAUUAAUAUAUUAACAAUGAGCAGCUCUACACCAGCUUACUACAAUGCGGAUGCAGUGCGUCAGGUUCUCAGCUGGCCGCUGGUCAAUAGAGCAGUGGAAACAGCACUUGUAGCUAUAGUUAAGCAGGAUACGGAAACCCAUCCGGAAUCUACAUCCUUUGCCUGCCAACCGAAGAGGAGUUUCACCGCUUGCGGCAAGGAACCCGGAAGGAUUCUGUUAACCAUGCCCGCCUAUGUGGGCAACUACAGCCUGGAAUCGCCAAAAUCUCCUGGGGAUGCCCAGCAGUCUCGCUCCACACUAGCCUGCAAGUUGGUGAGCUCGUUCCGUGAGAAUCCCGCUCGGGAUCCCCCACUGCCCAGCAUCCAUGCCCAUGUGUUGCUGUUCGACAAUCAAACUGGUCAACUGUCGGCCAUAAUGGAGGGCACUGACUUGACCACCUGGCGCACUGUGUCCGCUUCACUGGUGGCCACCAAGUAUCUGUACUUCAGGCGCUUUGGGUCGCAGGCGGAGCAGGAAAGGUCUAUCAACGUGGCCAUCGUGGGCUGUGGAGUCCAGGGGCAGCUCCAUGCCGCCGCCUUUUGCGCCAACUUCCGGGUGAAGCAGCUCAAUCUGUACAAUCGCACGCUGGCAAAGGCUCAGGCUUUAGCGGACGAACUGCAGCGAACAUUGGACACCGAAAGCGGAACCCAGGUUAAAGUUUGCCCAAGUGCUCACGAAGCUUGCCAGGAUGCGGAUGUCAUCUGCAUUGCCACGUACGCCAAGGAGUCGGUCAUCCAGUUUGCGGAUCUGAAACCCAAACAGGGUGUUCAUAUUAAUGCUGUGGGAGCCGGCGAAGUUCACUUUUCGGAGCUGGCUGCAGACAUUUACCACCAGGCCAAGGUCUACGUAGAUUGCUAUACCAAUGCAGAGGCUGAAUUGGUGGGGCUACCUGCUCCGAUCACCGCUGAAGUGGGACAGAUCAUUCUCAGUGAAAACUACCCAAAGGAGACAGAAAUCACCAUCUUUCAAUCCAUGGGCAUGGCCUCGGAGGACGCCUGUGUGGCCCAGGCGGUUCAUGAUUGCAUUCUCUCUGGCGCAAAGGAUUCCUGAUUGCUGGCCAGCUGGCAAAUCAGAUCCGGAACCAGCCCAAGCCAAACCACUGAAUUCUUAAACUUGUACGUGUAUAUGUGUGUAUAUAAAAAAGCUAUUGGAAACAUAA